AUGGCCGUCGAGGGGACGGGAGGUGCAGGCGGGCGCCAUCACGAGCACAGCACUUGCUGCACCCAGCUGGCAGCAGACCCUGAAUGUUCAGGGAGAGACAUGUUUCAUUUGAAUUCCUGUCGUCUCGCGAACGUUGGCCCCACAUCUACGUUUUGCCAGAGCGAUUUUGAGUGGCAUCGUGCGUUGGUUUUUUACAUUGGCACCUUUAGUUGGCCGAUGAGGCGAUUUGCGCGUUUUGAACGUCGACGGGUGGACCCCUCGAAUGAUACCAGUGCUGCAGAUAGCGCUAGAUCUCUGAAGUGGCAGACAUCUUGA